AUGUCUCUCAGCACCACAUCUACCUGUGUCUUAAGUCCUUCCAGAGAUGGUGGCUCCACCACUGCCCUGGGCACCACGGGCCAGGGCAUGGCCACCACAGAACCCCCAAAACAGAAACCAGACCCUGUGACUUCGGAGACAGUGGUGAUCUGGGGGCUGCGCCUCUGGCAGGUGGUUGGUAUCUUUGCCAUCUUUGUCCUGGCAGUCAUUAUCACACUGUGCUGUAUCUUCAAGUGCCGGAUUCCCCGGACGAGGAAGGAGAUCGAGGCCCGAUAUGCUCAGCGACAGGCAGCCAAGACAUAUGCAGACAAACUGGAGACUGUUCCACCACUCAACGAGCUCACAGAGAUCCCUGGAGGCUCUACUGAAACUCUCCUAACUCUCUCUGGACAUGUCCAGUCCAGACCUCUCAACUCCCUGCCUGUGGUGAAAGAAGAAGAUGAAAUGGCCCUGCAAGGAAAUUAG